AUGCGUUGUCACUGGGUCUUAUACGUACUGCUGGUAGCUAUCACAUUCGCUGAUCAUGCUGACUGGAGCCCGAAAACAACCGAGAUACCGGAACGUCCAAUCACUCCCAUGGAUAGUGUCCCGAGGUUACUGCGACUGUACGAGUCUACGAGAGCUCACGAUGAAGAAAGAGGUGUAAGUGCUCCUGCAGCGGAAACAGUUGUCAACUCACUCAAAUCCGCAAGCACUCAACUUGACGAAUGGCUCGCAAAGGGAAAACCUACCGACGACGUUUUUAAGCUUCUUACACUCGACGUCGCCGCGGACGAUCUUCUGGCCAACUCGAAGUUAACAGAGUGGAUCACGUACAUGAAGCUGUUCAACCAGGCAAAUCCUAAAAAACAAACGUCGCUGAUCAGAACCCUCACAACUCACUACGGCGACGAAGCUCUGGCCAAGAUGGUCGUAGCAGCAAAGCAAGUGCCGGACACAGCGACUUUCGCCAAGCGACUACAGACCGAGCAGCUUCAGCUGUGGCUUAAUCAAGGGAAAUCCCCGGACGAUGUGUUUACAUUGUUGAAACUUGACAAGGCCGGACAGAAGGUUUUCACCCACCCUGAGAUGGUCUCGUGGGCGAAAUAUGUGGGUGAUUUCAAUAAGGUGAACCCGGACAAACCAGUUACUCUGUUCUCUACGCUAGCUACGCGCUUAAAUGACGAAACUCUGUUACAAAUGCUCAUCGCGGCGAAGAAUGUUCCGAGCACCGAGAAAAUUGCAGUACAAGUGCAAGCUGUCCAAACGAAGCUAUGGCUGAACACUCAGAAGGAGCCGGGGGACGUCUUCAAACUGCUUCGACUUGAUAAGGAAGGACAUGACAUCAUCCAGAACCCUCUUUUUCGCGCUUGGGUCCAGUAUACCGACGACUUCCGGAAGAUUUACUACGGAACAGAGCUCACUACAAUCGCGACGUUAACGGCGAAAUAUGGUGACGAAACCCUGACAAAGAUGAUCCUUCAAGCACUUAGCUCGCCAAGUACUGCAAACAUCGCGAAACGGCUCGAAACUGAGCAGUUGAGGAACUGGUACAUCCACAAAUAUUCGCCUCAACAUGUGUUCACGACGCUCAAUUUAUACAGCGAAGGAGUGAACGCGUUUGACCGUCCGCUGUUUCAUGUUUGGAGCAAGUACGCGACGUAUUUCGGGGCUGCAGAGCCAAAAUAUAAACCGAGUUUUCUCACGAAUUUGCUAGAUGUGUAUGGCGAAAAGAACCUCGUAAAAGUGAUCCGAGCGGGCAGCAAGAACCCGAAUACCAAGAAGAUGGCUAAAGAACUAGAAGAUGACCUAGUCAAGGUCUGGCUGAAGGAUGAGAGGAUCCCGAUGGACAUAUAUGCUCUGUUGCGGCUGGAACGAGUCGAAGACUCGAAAGAUCCAUACAGACAGCUAUACUUUAAAUAUUUUAAGGCAUACGCACUAUCUUGA